CACGGAUGACGUUCACAGUCCACAUCCGCGACUGCGAUCUCAGAGCGGGCUUGAUCGAUGAAAAGAUGCGAAAAGGCCCGUCCGCGCUUCGCUUCGUGCCGCAGCAGAUCUACGCGAAGAUCAAAUACGCUGACAAGGAUUGCGGCAGGGUGCGAAUGCUUACGAAUGUAGGCUGGAUCUAUUAUUGCGAGUCGCCUCAUCGUGAUCAUCGCGGCGACGAUCAUAUCGACAAAGGCCACUACAUUGUCUGGCCUUGGGCAAAGAUCGCCCAUACUAUUGCUGAUGACAUGGAUUUGGUGGCUGAGUACUCUGCUUGCGCAUCAUACGCAGACGGCAGCGACCCGACCAAAGUAUCUGCGGUCCUUGCAGAUAUCAACGGUGAUGCUUCCGCCGCGAACGCAGGUGCAGCACUGGACGUGAACUUUGGUAUGGCGUUGUGGCUCGCGUUUGCGGUGCAUGCGGUCGGUAUCGAGGUCUACGCAAUUCAUCUCGCCUAUGAUGGUGAAGAUAUGAAGCUGACAUAUAUGUAG